GAGGCCGCGGGCAGCGCUGCCCCGUCCACCUGGGGGGGUCGGCUCGGGCUCGCUCCCCGGGCGGCGGCUGCCGGAUCUCCGAACGGGGCCUCGCGCGACGCGUCUCCCCGAGCGACCCGGCGGCGGGAAGAUGGCGGCGGCGUCUGUGUCGGCGCUCUCGAAAAAUGGAGCUGAAACAUCGAAGUCCAGUGGAAAUGUGGCUCGCCAUUCUUCCUCUCCAUAUGUAGUGUACCCUCCUGAUAAGCCGUUCCUGAACAGUGACCUGCGACGCUCCCCCAGCAAGCCUACAGUCGCCUACCCUGAGAGCAACAGCAGAGCAAUUUUUUCUGCUCUGAGGAAUCUUCAAGAUAAGAUUCGACGCUUGGAACUUGAAAGGAUUCAGGCAGAAGAAAGCGUGAAAACCUUGUCUAGAGAAACAACUGAAUAUAAGAAAGUACUUGAUGAGCAGAUACAGGAAAGGGAGAACUCGAAGAAUGAGGAAUCGAGGCAUAAUCAAGAAUUGGCAUCUCAGUUAUUGGCUGCAGAAAAUAAAUGUAAUCUUUUAGAAAAGCAGUUGGAAUACAUGCGAAAUAUGAUAAAACAUGCUGAAAUGGAGAGGACAUCUGUCUUAGAGAAACAGGUUUCCCUAGAGAGAGAACGACAGCAUGAUCAAACGCAUGUUCAAAACCAGCUUGAAAAACUGGAUCUUCUUGAGCAGGAGUACAACAAGCUUACCACAAUGCAAGUCCUUGCAGAAAAAAAAAUGCAAGAGUUGGAAGCAAAACUCCAUGAAGAGGAAAAGGAAAGGAAACGCAUGCAAGCUAAGGCAGAUCAGUUGCAGACGGGCCUUGAAGCAAAUAGACUUAUCCUUGAAGAUAAGACAGCCCCCUGUGUUCCCAGUGUAAGAAGAAUGAAAAAAAAGAAGCCAAAACCACCAGAAAAGAAAGGGCCCAGGAACUACUUUUCUGCGCAGCCACAUUAUAGAUUGUGCUUGGGUGACAUGCCGUUUGUAGCUGGGAAGUCCACCAGUCCCAGCCAUGCUGUGGUAGCCAAUGUCCAGCACGUCUUGCACCUGAUGAAGCAGCACAGUAAAAUCUUGUGCAAUGAUCGAGUGGUCAACAGUGUUCCUUUAGCCAAGCAAAUGUCUUUGCGGAGUGUUCGGAGCAAGAAAUCGGGGAUUCCUGCAUCCUCUAGCAGUAUUAAUGAAGAGCUGUCCGAGGUCUUACAGACCCUGCAGGAUGAAUUUGGGCAAAUGAGCUGUGACCAUCAUCAGCUUUCAAAACUUAUCCAAGAGUCACCAACGGUCGAAUUGAAGAACAAUUUAGAGUGUGAACUAGAAGCAUUAGUGGGAAAGAUGGAAGCAAAAGCGGCUCAGAUAACUAAAGUUCGGAAAUACCAAGCUCAGUUCGAGAAGCAGAAGACAGAGAAGCAGAAGAAGGACUUAAGAACCACCAAAAAGACUUUUGAUGAAGAAGGAAAUAGCAGCCGUUGCUCUGGGAUCUUAGGGACCACAAAUAAGAAGGACAUUGCCAAAGUGAGACCUGGAGAAAAAAGCAGGAAGAAUCUUCAGUUACUGAAAGAAAUGCAAACCAUUCAGAAUUCAUUACAAAGCAGUAGUUUGUGUUGGGAUUACUAACUGGUACCAGGUCAUAAAUUUUAUUCUGAAUAAUCUGUACCUCAUCAAUCAGAUAUUGCCAAUUUACUUUGCAGCCUCACACUCUGUGGUGUUGGGGUCACUCAGCAGGUGUUAAGGGCCCAGGCUGCAUUACAGCAUCAUACACACAUUUCUUCUGCGUCAUCUCAAGUGUCCAGUGACCUGAAUGGAAACCAGGGCAGUUCUGGAGGCUAGGGAGUCCCACACUCUGUUUCAGGGGAAUUUGCUGUUCAUAUAUAUUGCACUUUGUAAACAAGUUAGCAAUUUUUUAAUUCAUGGGUGUGAUUUUUUUCUUUUUUUACAAUAGACCUUUAUACAUCUAAAUAAAAUUAGGUUUGAAUGAUCAAACUAUGAGGCUGUAUCAGAGGCAGUGCUUGCUUGGAAAGUCUCAUUUUUAAAUCUCCCCUGGUGUGACUUCCCCAAUUCUCCUGUCUAGUUUAACCAUUGCAGGUACUUUGUUUCAGCUGUUGGUGGUUUUCUAUAUUUAAAUAUUUAUACAUAUUUAAGAGAAUUGUUUGCUUUUUCACAUUUCAAACAUUGAUCAGUAUUAGAUGUACCUAUAUUGAUUUUAAUCUCUUACAAUUUUUAGAAGUACUUAAUCACUUUAAGCCAAUUAACUGUGGAAGUUAUAACAAUAUUUUUAAAAGUAAACAAAAUGAAGUAAAAGAGAUUUUGGAAUGAAGAGAGAAGGGUAUUGUAAACACAUUUACUAUUUUUUAAAUCUGUAAUCAUGCUACUCGAUUCACUCAAUUAUGGUUUUAAAUUUCAAAACUUUGAAGAACCUCUUGGAUAUUUUCUUUUAUUGAUACUCAGUAUGAGUGUACUUUUAUCUGUACAUGUUCUAUUGUCAUCAUUUUAGUGUGUCAAAUCUUUGACUAGAUCGACAUGUCAACUUUUUAUUUGCCACUUAAAAGUCAAUAAAGCAGUUUUUGUAAGAUAACACUGAAAUUUUCCUUAGACGGCCUGUUACUAAAGGCUUUAUUUGUUGUAACCUAAAAAUAAAUGAAUUUAUAAAUAGCA